AUGAGGAGAAGGAGGAGGAAGAGUAGGAAGAUGGAGGAGAAGGAGGGGGAGGACGAAGAGGGGGAGGAGGAGGAAGAGGAGGAGGAGGAGGCAGAGUAGGAAAAGGAGGAGGAAGAGGAGGAGGAGGAGGAAGAGUAGGAAAAGGAGGAGGAAGAUGAGGAGAAGGAGGAGGAAGAGAGGAAGAGUAGGAAGAUGGAGGAGGAAGAUGAGGAGGAGGAGGAGGAAGAUGAGGAGGAGGAGGAAGAGUAGGAAAAGGAGGAGGAGGAGAAAGAAGAGGAGAAAAAGGAGGAGGAGGAGAAAGAAGAGGAGAAAAAGGAGAAGGAGGAGGAGGAGGAAGAGAAGAGUAGGAAGAUGGAGGAGGAGGAGGAGAAGGAAGAGGAGGACAAUGAGGAAGAAGAUGAGGAGGAGGAAGAAGAGUAGGAAAGGGAGGAGGAAGCGGAGAAGGAGGAGGAAGAGUAGGAAAAGGAGGAGGAAGAUGGAGAGGAGGAGAAAGAUGAGGAGGAAAAGGAGGAGAAGGAGGAGGAGGAAGAGUAGGAAAAGGAGGAGGAAGAAUAGGAAAAGGAGGAGGAAGAGUAGGAAAAGGAGGAGGAAGAUGGGGAGGAGGAGAAAGAAGAGAAGGAAAAGGAGGAGGAGGAGGAGGACGAUGAAGAGUAG